UUCUCAGGGUUCUGGUACAUCCUCGCCGUCGCCUCCGACGCCCGGGGCUUCCUGCCGGGCAGAGACACGCGGAAGCUGGGCGCGGCCGUGGUGCGGGUGCGCGGAGUGGGCCAGCUGCGGGUGGUCCUCGCCUUCCCCCGGCCUCAGGGGUGCCGGUCACACACGGUCGUCCUGAGGAAGGACGGGAAGAAGGCCGUGUUCAGGAACCCCUGUGCGUGAGGGCCGGGGAGGAAGGCGGGGGGGGGGGGGGAGGUGAAGGGGGUGGAGGCCUUCCGCGUGCUGACCACCGGCUACAGCGACGCCGUGGUGGACCUGCGCCUGGGCCGGGCGGGCCGGCGCUCCCAGGCCCUGCUGCUCCUCAGCAGACAGAAGGAGACCACCUUCCCGAGCAUGAGGAGGUUCGUGGACAUUUGUGAGAUCCGGGAGCUCACAGCCGGCGCGACAGUUCUCCCCAAAGACGCCUCCUGCGCGCACACCAUCCUGCCCUGA